AUGUAAAAUAAAACAUCACUAGUUUUUGAUUAAGCUUAGAGAUAUGCGAAAAUUAAAAAAGAAAACGAAGAAUUGCUUUACUCAACAUUGAAGUUAUAUUAACAAUAUGGAAAAAUUGAUGAUCCCAAUCUGAUUGCAACAAUUCUCGAUUCUCUCUAAACAAUCGAAUUCUUUAAAUAAAAUUGUCCAGAAGGCAUGAAACUAGCUGAAUUCGUUUCCAAUGCCAUUAAAUAUUUCAAAUAUGAAUAAUAUGAUUAUGGAUCCCCCAUAUUUCAUUAUGGAGAAUACGGUGAUAAGAUGUUCAUCAUUUUGAAGGGAGAAGUUUAUGUCUUCGGACCAAAACCCCAGGAUGAAAUUAACAAAGAAAUGGAAUAACUUAAAUAAUAGGAAGAAGGUGAAUUGGUUAUUAAAGGAUAAAAAAGGUAGUUAACUACAAAUGUAGAUAACUUACUCAAAAUUUAAGACUCCAGAUAUUAUAAAGAUGGAGUUCUUCUCUAUUAAAAAAUUUUUCAAUACUACUCAGGACAAUGUUUUGGUGACGUAGCCUUAACAUCAGACAAACCCAGAUCUGCUACUAUUAUCGUAUCAUCAGAAAAGGUUUAUUGUUUAUCUAUGCGAAGAAAUGAUUUUAAAAUCAUCUUCUAAAAAUCAAUCUAAUAGGCUAGAAACACUAUUGAAUUCUUUAUGAGAAUCUUCCCAGGAGCUCUUCAAUUUAAUCUCUCCAAAUUUAUUUAAUAUUUGCGACCUGUUGUCUUCCAAAGCAAAACCAUUCUUUGGCAAAUUGGAGAUGAACCAUAGUUCUUCUUCAUUAUUGUUACUGGAAGAGUAGAACUCUACAAAUACAUGGAUCUUGAUACUUUAACAGGUAAAUCCAAAAUUAAUGAUGAAAUCAAAUAAGGAUUAUUUGUAGGCAAAUAAUAGUAUAAAGCUAAAAUAGUUCUUAGUUAAUUAGCAGAAGGUAAUAUAGUUGGUUAGGAAGAGCUUCUGGAAGAUUUUCAAAAAAGAUAAUACUAUUGUGAAGUAGUCGAUAUCACCAAUGCCUAUUACAUGGAAGCAAGUGAUUUUAGAGCAAUCAAAGGAAAUCAUCAAGAUAUCAUUGACUGUUUGAGAGAGAGAGCCACUGUUAAUAAAGAUUAUAUAAAUAAAAGAAAACAACUAAUACUUCACAAUUUUAAGAAUUAUGAUUCGUAUUUGAAUACAUUGACUUAAAACUAGACAAGCAAAGAAUAAAAAUUAAAGGAGAUUUUCUCAGUACCUAAUAAAGAUAACAAAUCCAAUUCUUUAUGUGUGAGAUCCUAAAAAUAAAUUAAAGGAUCUCAAAAUGAGAUUCUCCAACAACACAUUGCUUUUGAUUAAAAAAGGAAGUUAGUUGAACCUUAAGAAAAAACAGAAUUAAGAUUUAUCAUAAAUAAUAAUAAUUUAUCCUACAUAAGAGAAAGAUUAUAAAGAUAAUAAUAGCCGGAAAGAAAUAGUCAAUCACCUUAAAAGCAUGUGAAAAAUAAGGUCUUGAUUUCUCAAAUAUUAAAGAAAUACUAGAAUAAAAAGAUAAAAAGAGAAAAUCAAUAUUUGUAACUUCAUCUUAGUCAUCAAUUGGGUAGACUGUGGAAACUGAAAACUCAGUAGAUUUGUUAAGAUAAAGAUAAAGGACUUCGAUCUUAAGACCAAGUUAUGUGCAAUUAAGAGGGAGAAAGCAGUCAGGAGAAAAGAGUAAUAAUAAUAAUACUACAACAAUUAUAAAUUUAACAGAAGUGGAAACAAGAACACAUUAAUAAACAAUGCAUUUAAUAACUAAUGUGA